UAACAAUCUAUAGAAACUGAUAAAUGUCAAAUUUCAAAGUCAUUUACGGCAGUCUAUUCUAUCACUCGUUUUGAAAUGAUUUUAGUUCUAUUCGGAGAGACAUUUGAUUCCGAUUGUCGUUUCUAUAUACAAGUUCGAGCUAACACUCAAUAAGAAAGAAUCACUUGUUCAUUUUCAUUCUAAAGCAAAUAUUAUUUCAAGGCUCAAAAUGAGUGAUUCCAUCGUUUUAAAAAUUUUCGGAUUAAUUUUUGGAUGCGUGGUAUUUUUUACAUCCGUCUACUUCUUAAAUCAUGAAUUGACGCUUGCAAUUGCCAUUUUAUGUCCUCUUAAUAUGGUGUUGAGCCUCCUUUGGAUAUGUGGUAUCCUAAAUAACAAUGCGGACUUCAUGUGUUUUUACCUCAUCUGGUGGAAGUUAAUAUUCGUGAUCCUUUUCUUUAUAUCAAUAAUUCUCAGUUUUUCGGACGCUUUUUACUUUAUUGGAACGAUUGUAGAUCCAUAUAAUUCAAAUAGAUUAAAAGACUUAGGAGAAGUGAAUCAAAAUUUGUUGAUAUACAUUGUUUUUACAGUACUGGUGUGGAUAGUUGUAACUAUCAAGCAUUUGCUAUAUAAAACAAUCGAAGAAUCCGAACACGAAAGAAGUCUUAGUGACACGACCCAAGUGGAUGGAACAAAAAUGAACUUCUUUUUCAAACUCUUUUACAUAACCAAGUCCGUUGGAAAAUUUUAUUUGAAACCGUUUGAGGAUUGUUUUUCAUUUGACUUCCUUUCCGAAUUCGGUAAAUAUAUCUGCAAAAUUAUUGGACAUUAUUCAAGUGGAUGCACCCAAAUUGGAGUUGAAACAAUAUUAAAAGGAAAUAAGCAUGAAGAGAAUCCGUGCACCGACCAUUGCAAUGUAACCAUAGAAAAUGAAGAAACAACAACAAACAGAAAAAUUAUUGACACAAAUUCGAAUCCAAAGCCUGAAAAUGAUGUUCAAUGUGAUUCAUUAAAUGGUCAUUUAAAAACAAUAAAUGAAAAUAUAGCAGAAAAUACCGUCAAUGACGAAACAACAUCUAAUCAAAAUGAAAUCGCACACAACAACGAUGAAUUAAAGUCCAAAGAGCCGGAUUCUAACAUUGAUUCUCCAAGUACAUCAGUUGUCGAUGAUCAGAAAACAAAGACCGAUGUAAAAACAUUAGAUACAGACACAAAUACAAACACUAAAUCCGAAAAUAGUUACCAUUCGAAAUCUAAUGGAAUUCAGACGAUUGAAAGUGUUGAAAAAAUGCCGAAACAUGGUGAAAAAGUAUCGGAACAAAGUGAUACCACAAAGGAAGAAAUGGUUUAGAUUAUGUAAAUAUUUUAUAAGUAUCCCAUUCACAUAAGAUCAUCAUGUCAAGUGAAUUGAUAUUCAACGAAAAUAAAACAAGUAAAUAGUUAUCAA